AUGCUGAAGCGUGUGUCCGAAGCGGCUUCGCGUAUCGAGGCGGCGGCUGCGGAUAGCGUUAGCCAUCCCGCGGAGGUGGUGGAAGCUGCCCAGGAUUCUAACAGCCUUCCAACUCACCGAGGCUCAGAUUCCGAACCAAUGCAGUUAUUGCUACACAAACAUGGGCAGAUUGGGAUGAGUGACAAUCUUAAAGUAAAGUCCAAUCUCGUUGCAUGCGUCGACGCCAGUUCUCCUGAGAUGUGUUUGGAACACUUUUCAGGUACCUGCGAGAGAGCCGUCCCUGCUCUUAUAUCCUAUCAUCCGUCACUCAAUGGAGCUUUAUCACCCUUUGUUGGCGUUUACGAUGAUGUGGCGUUUCCUGUGAAAACUCUUUUUUUUCCGCCAACCCCACCAAACGAGUUUCCGCAGCGCGUGACUCCGCCCAAAGCAAUUUCCACACCCGUCUGGAAAAACGAUCUGCGGAAGGCGGGUCCUCGUGAACACCAGGCCCAGGUAAUGAUCAGCAAGAUUUGGCGUGGCAUUUCGUGUAGACGCCAACAACGCGUGAUUCGUGUUUACCAAUCUGUAUUAAACCAUCGCGCGCGCGUGAUUCAAUGUUGGUGGCGUACCGUUCUUGCCCGCAAGCGCUAUGAUCAGCUUUUAAAACUUAAAAAUAUGUGGACAGAAAAGCGCUCUAAGGAUUACAUUGCAGAGCGUUUGGCCACUAUGCAAAAUAUGAUGACUUGGCAGCGCAGUCGGUACGAUGGAGCAGCUAUCUUACUCCAGCGGGUUGUGCGAUGGUACCUACGCAAGCGUGAGCGGGACCAGUGCUUGCAUGUGUACAACAUGCCGGAGGAGAAGUGGCCCCCAGAGCUGAAUUUCCCUAUAGCGACCAAGCGGAUCGUUUACUUCCCGUGGCGCCCCCGUCACAACCGUAUGGAUGCAGAUUCGAAUGACGAUUCUACGUCCGAGGACAGGGGAUUGGCCAACGUUAAUAUUCCCUUUGGGUCGAUGCAGGGUGAGAACGAGAGUCAGCAGCCCGUGUCCGCGGGGGCCCUCAAGACCUUAAUUACCGGGAAGCGCACGCUGCUGCAAUUCAGGAAGACUCGCGACCUCAUCAUACCUGUCACCUGGGACGGGGUCAAGGCAGCCAACCAGGCAUCGCAGCGGAAGGAUGAAGAGCGGGCGCUAUGCCUGGCCCACCCUGUGGUGCAGUCCCGCCUGGAGUGGAAGCAGGAGCACCUGGAUGGGUACGACCUCGACUUCAGUGCCGGUGUUAUUCAGCGUCGGUACCGUUCUCAACGUUCCACCGUGAAGUUGCAUACCGCACAGCUGAGGCACGAGUACAUGGAUCGUGUGGUGCGUAUGAUUUCUCGCACGUUCCGCAUGUACAUUCUCAUCAAGCGCAUGAAGGAGAGUCGUGAGAGGAACAAGAGGAGACUGAAGGCUAAGAUUGAUGCAUACACGCGCGAGCGUAUUGCUGAUAUCGACCGCGAGAUGGUGUGGGGGAAGGAGUUGCUGAACAUGAGCGCCGCAACCAUACAGAAUUAUUGGCAUUGGUAUCUAUACCGUACUCGUGGACAAAUGCCAAAGCGUCGACGUACCCCCCCUACGCUUGGUGACGACGCUGAUCCCGAAUCUGUUGCGUUCCUGAAGAAAUUACAGGAGGUAACGACACCCCCACCCCCACCAUUUCAUUUAAUUGAUUCUUUUAUCGCGAAACAAAACCUCCUGCGCCUCGAGUCGAUGAAUCUGAUUGAAAGAAACCGUCUAAGAAGGGAGAAGAACCAUCGAUACACACCAUAUACACCGCCAAAAGUGAAUCGUCAUGAGGUCAAAGUCCACCUUAUGUAA